CCGUGGCUGCUCCGCCCCGUGCGGUGCCGGCGGGCUCUGCCCGGCCCCGCGGCGCCGUUCCCGCCGAUGCUAUGCCAAAGCCAGAGGUGUCCGCAUCCUACCAGGAGAAAUUCCAACAGUUGCAAGUUGAGAACAUGUUUGGAAAUUGAACCACUGUUUUAACUACACAGCUGAGUGAAGAUGUGGAGCGCGUAUCUGAAAAUCCAGCAGAGGAAAGAGAAGGAGAUAUGGAAGUUCAUGAAGAUUCCAGCUCUGUUAUUUUACCAGAUGGUGAGCUGGGUACCACUACCCCUUCUUUGCAUUUCAGCAAGACCUGCUUAAAGAAUGUUUUUUCAGUAAUACUCCUGUUUAUUUAUCUGCUGCUCAUGGCUGUAGCUGUAUUCCUUGUCUACCAAACCAUCAGUGACUUCAGGGAGAAGCUCAAGCACCCAGUGAUGUCUGUCACUUACAAGGAAGUGUCCUUAUAUGAUGCACCUGGUAUUGCCUUUUACCCAGGCAAGGCUCGGCUGCUUAGCUGCAAACAUCAUUACUACGAUCACAUUCCACCUCUGAUAAAUCCAGGUCAGCCAGGAGACAUUGAAUGCACCACUCAGAGGAUCAACUACACAGAUCCUUUUACUAAUCAAACUAUGAAGUAUGCUUUGGUUGUUCAAGGCCCUCGUGAUGUGAAGAAAAGGGAGCUGGUGUUUUUGCAGUUCCAUUUAAAUGAGACAGACCAAGAUUUUAGUGCCAUUGACUACCUGCUGUUUUCUUCUUUCCAAGAGUUCAUCAGCAGUUCAGAAAAAGCAAAAUUCAUGAAGGACUGUGAAAGCUCAUACUCCAGCUGGAAGUUUUCUGGAGGCUUCCGAACUUGGGUCAAGAUGUCCUUGGUCAAAACAAAAGAAGAAGAUGGUAGUGAGACUGUUGAAUUCAAACAAGAGACCAGUGUGGUUAACUACAUUGACCAGAGAACUAAACCAAGGAGUGACCAGCUGUUCUUUGUGGUGUUUGAAUGGAAAGAUCCUUUCAUACAGACUGUUCAGGACAUUAUCACAGCAAAUCCCUGGAACAUGAUUGCUCUUCUUUGUGGUAUCUUUCUGGCCCUGUUUAAGGCAGCAGACUUUGCCAAGUUAAGUGUUAAGUGGAUGAUCAAAAUCCGAAGAAGGCAUCUGAAGAGGACUCGUCAAGUAACAAACCACAUAAGCUGAGACUAAGACUGCCUUUUAACUGUUCAUAGCAGGAGAGAUAGAAAAUAACUGGAAUAAACUGCAAUCAGCAAUUAAAGCUGAAAACCAGGUAUGUUUUCUUCCAGAGAUGCUGACUGGAGGAACAGGCUAGUGAACUAGCCUUGGAAGUGCAGAAGGAGCUAACUCUAGGACAGGUCUAACAAACUCACACUUUUCUAGUCCAAGUUUAACAAGUUUACCUCUGUGUAUGGGGGAACCAGGGGGAAAGGUGGGAACUCACUGAUGUUCAGAAAGUCAUAACUGUAGUAAAUUGUGAAAAAGUGGACGGUAUUUGAAUGUUUCUCCAACAGAUUCUUUAGUUUCUGCAUCAGCUGUGAGCUGCUCCCAUAGCACAGUCACUGCCUUGAUGGUGCUUAGUGGAAGGUAAAGUGCUCUGAAAACACCCUGGCCUCUCUUCUCCAAAGUAUAUUUUAAAACAAAAUACACUGGAAUUCUAUUUCAUGUCAUCUUUAAAUCAAAGUACAAUGACUUUAAUAUUAAAAAAUACUUUAA